AGGCGAUCAUUUAAGGUGGAUCUAGCUGUGUGGAGGUUGUAGUUGAUGUGCUGGUAGCUGUAAGUGAGAAAUGUCCACAAUCGCUAUGAGGCCGCAGGCUGCCACCGCCGAGAUCCAGUCUUACUGUGAGAUGCUGAAGCCGAAAGCGGAGGCAAAGGCCGAGAGAACCUUUGGGGUCUACGUCGCCAAAACGUUCAUCACUAAAGUUUGGGAAGGAACCACCUACCUGGUUAAGGUGCAUGUAGGUGGAGAAGAAUACGUUCAUCUGAAUGUGUUUAAGAACCCCUUUACUUCUCCACAGAAACUAGGACUGCUGUCCAUCCAAACUGGAAAGAAGCUGAAUGAUCCACUUCAGUUCUGAGAUACGGGACGUCGUGUCCAGCUCUAUCAGCUGCUGCACCCAAACAUGCUCUGCUUUCAAAUCAAUCUGUAAAUAAUAAUACUUGUCUUUAAAGGCAAAGGAAAAUAAAAAACUUGUAAAAUUCUG